AUGGGGCUCCCAACAAGGCCCAGGAGGAGCUGCUUCCUGGGUGAAUGUGUCCCCUGGAGGAAGGUACGCUUGCAGCAAGGCGAGUGGGAAAUUUUUGAAGCCUCAGGCCACAUCGUCUCCAAGAUGAGGCUGGUGCAGAUACUGUGUUUUUCAGAGCAAGUAGGUACCAUGGUGAUAGAGCUCAGACCAGCCAUCCUGGUGGUCCUGCCCAGGUCCCUUGCUCCAGCCUUUGAAAGAUUCUGCCAGGCCAACACUGGUCCUCUGCCCCUGCUGGGCCAAAGUGAGCCGGAAAAGUGGAUGCUGCCCGCUCAAGGUGCUAUUUCAGAGACUAGCACGAGCCGUCCCCAGUUCUGGAAAUACCAGUCGGGUGCCUGCACUGGCAGCCUGACAUCGCUGGAGCAGUUCUCUGAGCAGCUGAAGGACAUGGUGGCCUUCCUCCUGGGCAGCAGCUUCUCCCUGGAGGAGGCCUUGGAGGAAGCGGGCCUCCCCAGAAGAGACCCAGCAGGUCACAGCCAGGCAGGUGCAUACAAGACAACGGUGCCUUGUGCUACCCAUGCUGGCUUCUGCUGCCCUCUGGUGGUUACAAUGAGGCCCAUUCCCAAGGACAAGCUGGAAAGGCUGGUACGCGCCAGCUGCUCCCUAGGGGGUGAGCAGGGACAACCUGUUCACAUCGGUGACCCAGAAUUGUUGGGAAUCAAAGAGCUUUCCAAACCUGACUACGGGGAUGCCAUUGUGUGUCCCCCAGGGGAGGUCCCAGUGUUCUGGCCUUCUCCGCUGACCAGUCUCGGAGCUGUCAGCAGCUGCGGGGCCCCACUGGCUUUUGCCAGCAUGCCAGGCUGCACAGUUAUGACUGACCUGAAGGAUGCAAAGGCUCCAGCUGGCUCUCUCACCCCUGAGAGAAUUCCGGAGGUCCAUCACAUUGCCCAGGAUCCUCUGCACUACAGCACAGCCUCAGUGUCCGCUUCUCAGAAGAUCAGAGAACUAGAGUCUAUAAUCGGCAUAGACCCAGGCAACCGGGGGAUUGGGCACCUGCUCUGUAAAGACGAGCUGCUGAAGGCCUCUCUGUCGCUGUCCCAUGCCCGCUCAGUGCUCAUCACCACCGGGUUCCCCACGCAUUUCAAUCAUGAGCCUCCGGAAGAGACAGACGGCCCACCUGGAGCUGUUGCCCUGGCCGCCUUCCUGCAGGCCUUGGAGAAAGAGGUCGCCAUGAUCGUUGACCAGAGAGCCUGGAGCUUGCACCAGAAGAUUGUUGAAGACGCUGUUGAGCAAGGUGUUCUGAAGACACAGAUCCCAAUAUUAACUUACCAAGGUGGAUCAGUGGAAGCGGCUCAGGCAUUCCUGUGCAAAGACGGGGACCCCCAGACACCUCGAUUUGACCACCUGGUGGCCAUAGAGCGCACUGGAAGGGCUGCUGAUGGCAAUUACUACAAUGCAAGGAAGAUGAACAUCAAGCACUUGGCUGACCCCAUUGACGAUCUUUUCCUUGCUGCAAAGAAGAUUCCUGGAAUCUCAUCAACUGGAGUUGGUGACGGAGGCAACGAGCUGGGGAUGGGCAAAGUCAAGGAGGCUGUGAGGAGGCACAUACGGAAUGGGGAUGUCAUCGCCUGCGACGUGGAGGCUGACUUUGCCGUCAUUGCUGGUGUUUCUAACUGGGGAGGCUACGCCUUGGCCUGCGCGCUGUACCUCCUGCACUCAUGUGACAUCCACAGGCAGUACCUGAGGAAAGCAGUUGGACCCUCCAGGGCACCUGGCGAUCAGGCCUGGAUGCAGGCCCUCCCGUCAGUCAUGAAGGAAGAAAAGAUGCUGGGCAUCUUGGUGCAGCACAAAGUCCGGAGUGGCGUCUCGGGCGUCGUGGGCAUGGAGGUGGAUGGGCUGCCCUUCCAUGACACCCACGCCAAGAUGAUCCAGAAGCUGGUGGACGUCACCACGGCUCGGGUGUAAUCCUCCAUGUUCCGUGUGAGCAGAGUUCCUACCAGCGGGCAGGCCUGCAUCAGGCAGGACUGUCUGCUUCUUGUGACCAUCCUGCUCGUCAACACUGAUCUCCAGUGAGCAACGAACACUCCCCUGGCCUGGGAAACUCUGUACCCACUUUCCGGGUGGGGUUAGUGCAGGUGAUAUGGACAAUGGACAGCAUUUCUCUGGAGCUUUUUAACUUUUAUUCCUAAGACUCUAAAGGCAUUGACUUCAACCCUCCUUCACGCUGGCUUCUUCAGGCCACCCACAUGGUCUCUUGAGAGACGUGAGGUGAGAAUCUUCUCAAUAGUCACUUAUGGGGACACUUGUGAGCAACUAACUGCCAGGCAGAGCAUCAGAGCAAGCAUUCCCAGGUCAGGUAGGAUACUCCAGACUGCAGUCAUCCUCCCUUAUCCAUGGCUUCUGUGACUCAUGGUCUCUGUUACUCAUGGUCAACUGCAGACAGAACAUACUAAGUGAACAAUUUCAGAAAUAAACAACUCCUAAGUUUUAAA